CUUUGGCCAACGGCAGCUAAUUGGUAAAUGAACCUGUUUCCGUGAACAAUGCUUAUAAGAGACAACAUUUCUCAAGGCUGUCUCAUCAACCUGAGAGUUUGAACCUGUCUGGGCACCCUCCCCACUGGCCCAGGUCCCUCCACCAGGCUCCUCACAGCACUCAUGGCAGGUGGCACUGGGAGAGAGGAGGAAGAGAGGGGGAGCGCCUGGGGGCUCUAUUCUCUGGUAAGUUUGUCGCAUGGUAUUUCCCGCACCUUCACAACAAGCCUGUGCAGUGGGCGCCUUUAUUCUUUUUCGCAAUGAGGAAACUGAGUCUCAGGUUGAGAAGUCGCCCAAGUGCCCACGGGCACCACCGUGGAAUUCAGUACUGGCUCCAGGCAGAGCCCAAACUCCCAACCGGCAGACCACACAAUACACAAUGGCAGGUGGAUGGAUGGAUGGAUGGAUGGAUGGACGAAGGAUGGAAGGAUACACAGAUAAACGCUGGAUGGAUGGAUGAGUGAAUGAGGGAGAAGCAAGCACCGAGGGUCUUAAAAGAAGAGACAGCAACUUGUGUCCACAGAAGCAGUCAGCAAGGCUCUAUGACAGUGGCAGAGCUGAAACUAAGAGCGUCACCUUCUUCUAGGACUUGAAAGGCCGUAUUUGGUCACCCGGUGAUAAGUAUUUCACCAGGAACAGUGCAUUGCCAAAUCCGCAGGGCUUGCCGGGAGGUGGCAAAGGAACAGACCGCGUGGCAGGGAUGCUGAGACGCUCUGUGUAGCCCCCAGAGGGCUGGGGGGCGGGUGGGGGAUGGAAGUGCUGGCCCUUUAAUGGCCAAGCCCAGGGCUCUGGAUUCCGAUGGCAGUUGAUGAGGGAGGGUUGCAGAAGAAGAGAGACACAGGGCUUCCAGGAACUGUUCGCCAGCCUUCCAGACUAGACGGCCCACCUCUGCUGGGCCACCAUUUUCCAGGGAGUCGCUGUCACUGCCUGGAGACCCCCAAGGCUCCCGCCAGCCCAGGUGCUGCCCAGCUGGGCCCAGAAAUGGGACGUCGGGCCUCCGAAAGGAGCACAGUGGAAGCCAGGGCGUCCCCGAGCCGCUGCUGUGACGGCCAGUGAGCGAGCAGCGGAGGAUGUCCACCACCGCGACGGUCGCCCCCACGGGGAUCCCGGCGGCCCCGGGCCCUGUGAACCCACCCCCGCCGGAGGUCUCCAACCCCACCAAGCCGGGCCGCAAGACCAACCAGCUACAGUACAUGCAGAAUGUGGUGGUGAAGACGCUCUGGAAGCACCAGUUCGCCUGGCCCUUCUACCAGCCCGUGGACGCCAUCAAGCUCAACCUGCCUGAUUAUCAUAAGAUAAUAAAGAACCCGAUGGACAUGGGGACUAUCAAGAAGAGACUAGAAAACAGUUAUUAUUGGAGCGCGAGCGAGUGUAUGCAGGACUUCAACACCAUGUUCACCAACUGUUACAUUUAUAACAAGCCCACAGAUGACAUAGUGCUAAUGGCCCAAGCCUUAGAGAAAAUUUUUCUGCAGAAAGUGGCCCAGAUGCCCCAGGAGGAAGUUGAAUUAUUACCCCCUGCUCCGAAGGGCAAAGGCCGGAAGCCGGCUGGCGGAACCCAGAGUGCAGGUACGCAGCAAGUGGCGGCCGUGUCCUCUGUCACCCCAGCAGCCCCCUUUCAGAGCGUCCCCCCCACCGUCUCCCAGACGCCCGUCAUUGCCGCCACCCCUGUGCCAACCAUUACUGCAAACAUCACGUCGGUCCCCGUCCCCCCGGCCGCCGCCCCACCUCCUCCCUCCACGCCCAUCAUCCCCGUGGUCCCUCCCACACCGCCUGUCGUCAAGAAAAAGGGUGUGAAGAGGAAAGCGGACACCACGACGCCCACGACGUCGGCCAUCACCGCGAGCCGGAGCGAGUCGCCCCCGCCGCUGUCAGACCCCAAGCAGGCCAAGGUGGUGGCUCGGCGAGAGAGCGGGGGCCGCCCCAUCAAGCCGCCCAAGAAGGACCUGGAGGACGGCGAGGUGCCGCAGCACGCGGGCAAGAGGGGCAAGCUGUCGGAGCACUUGCGGCACUGUGACAGCAUCCUCAAGGAGAUGCUGUCCAAGAAGCACGCGGCCUACGCCUGGCCCUUCUACAAGCCGGUGGACGCCGAGGCCCUAGAGCUGCACGACUACCACGACAUCAUCAAGCACCCGAUGGACCUCAGCACCGUCAAGAAGAAGAUGGACAGCCGCGAGUACCCAGACGCGCAGGGUUUCGCAGCUGACAUCCGGUUAAUGUUCUCCAAUUGCUACAAGUACAACCCCCCGGACCACGAGGUGGUGGCCAUGGCCAGGAAGCUCCAGGACGUGUUUGAGAUGCGGUUCGCCAAGAUGCCGGACGAGCCCGCGGAGGCACCGGCGCUGCCCGCCCCUGCGGCCCCCGUGCUGAGCAAGGGCGCCGAGAGCAGCCGCAGCAGCGAGGAGAGCUCCUCGGACUCGGGCAGCUCGGACUCGGAGGAGGAGAGGGCCACCAGGCUGGCGGAGCUGCAGGAGCAGCUGAAGGCCGUGCACGAGCAGCUGGCCGCCCUGUCGCAGGCCCCAGUGAAUAAGCCAAAGAGGAAGAAGGAGAAGAAGGAGAAGGAGAAGAAGAAGAAGGACAAGGACAAGGACAAGGACAAGGAGAGGCACAAGGCGAAGUCCGAGGACGACAAGAAGGCCAAGGUGGCCCCACCUGCCAAGCAGGCCCAACCGAAGAAGCCUCCCGCCAAGAAGGCCAGCAGCACGGCCGCGGCCAGCAGGCAGCCCAAGAAGGGCGGCAAGCAGGCGUCGGCCUCCUACGACUCGGAGGAGGAGGAAGAGGGCUUGCCCAUGAGCUACGACGAGAAGCGCCAGCUCAGCCUGGACAUCAACCGGCUGCCCGGGGAGAAGCUGGGCCGGGUGGUGCACAUCAUCCAGUCCCGGGAGCCCUCACUCAGGGACUCCAACCCUGACGAGAUAGAGAUUGACUUUGAGACUCUGAAACCCACCACGUUGCGGGAACUAGAGAGAUACGUCAAGUCUUGUUUACAGAAAAAGCAAAGGAAGCCAUUCUCCACAAGCGGGAAGAAGCAGGCGGCCAAGUCGAAGGAGGAGUUAGCUCAGGAAAAGAAGAAGGAGUUAGAGAGGCGGCUGCAGGAUGUCAGCGGACAGCUGAACAACAAGAAGCCUGCCAAGAAAGAGAAAGCGGGCUCCGCGCCCUCGGGAGGGCCGUCCCGGCUCAGCAGCAGCAGCUCGUCCGCGUCCGGGAGCAGCAGUUCCAGCGGAUCCAGCUCCGACAGCAGCGACUCGGAAUGAGCUCUGGACUCACAGAACGGCACAAAACCAGCGACGUCGCACACGCCCCAACUCUGCAGUGUUCCCUUCUAUGGUUAAUAUACUACUUUCGUUCCAUGGUGUGCGGGCUUUCUUCUUAACUCAGUGUUAUGGUAGCUUCCAGUUUUUGCUUUAAUAGGUCAGAGAUCUUUCUCGUGGGUACGUGAGGCUUUAUGAGACGGUGCGACUCUGCAUAAAGUCUUUGUAACCGAACUCGGUUGCUUGGAGAUGGUAACUUCGAACGCUGACCUGACAGCCGUAGAGAAAACCUAGCAGGUGUGGUCUGAGGUUUCUUGCGCAACGCCUCUCUUACGCCCCACCUGGUCUCUAGCUCCGGAACGCGUUGUUGCAAAGGAAGUUUCUCUGGAUGGUACUGUAUGGAAAGCGGUCAGCUUGGCAAACAGGCGCUGUCUUUGUCCUUUGGGCCCCGAGCUCAGCCUCGCGGCUGGGGUCGCCUCUUUCUGGGGGCGCGGAGAACAGCCAGCCCGGCGCGGGCUUCGGGGGCCCCGUCCAGCUCCAGGCAGGGCUUCUGCAGGGGCGGGGAGAGAGGCAGGCGGGCGCGGAGAGGAGGGGUGUCCGGGGCUCCCGGAAGGGAACACGGGGGCUGCGUGUGCAGCUCGUAGGUUUCCAUACACUGAAACUUUUACCUCAACUUAAGAAAAAAAAAAAAAGCAACGAAAAACAAAACAAAAAAAAAGAUUAAAAAGACAAAAAAUAAAUAAAAAAAAUAAAAGGAGACCUUUUUGUAAGGUUCAGCAGUUUUCUACGAAAGCCCAGCCCGACGUGUGUCCCCAACUCAUCAGCUGCCGCACACCCUGGAACCGUUUCCCCAACUUCAUGUAUAUAUGAAUACUUUAUUUAUUAACAUCAUUGGUCAUUUUUUUAAAAAAAAAGAAAAGAAAAACAAAACUGCAAAAGAAAUGCAUUAAAAAAAAAAAAAAUCGCAGAAGUGCAGGCCUCGUCAGUGGUUGGCAGGAGAACCCCGGACUCCGGCCUGCAGGUGCUCGUGCCCCACCGCCCGCGCCGGCCCCCCUCCCGGCUCCGCUGGGGUUCCGCGUCUGUUCUUCGUGUGUGUGUGUGUGUGUGUGUGUGUGUGUGUGUGUGUGUGUGUGUGAGAGAGAGAGAGAGAGAGAGAGAGACGUUUGCAGACGUACAGACAACUUCCAGCUGCAGCACACCCCCAGUUUUUAUUUUGUUGAGUUCUUUUGUAUUCGCCUCUGGUCUCUUUAGGACUGUUUUAAAAGAAAUCAAUUUAGGGAACCCCAGUUAUAUAAUAUAAACUUUGUAAUCUGAGAGAAAAAAAAUGUAUAGUAAAUCUAAGUCUUGAUUUUUAACUUUCUAUUGUAAAAAAAAAUAAUAAUAAUAAUAUACAGAGUUUAACAGAAGGUUAUGUUUUGGUUUUGUUUCUUCCAGAGGCCGCCCUGCGGCCUUUGAGUACAGGGACGCCCCGCCCCACACUGCCUGCCUGAGCUCUGAGCGUGUGGCUUAGGCCAAGAGUGCCAGGGGUCAGCCGUCCGGGUCCCCAGACGGGGCACCCCUCACCUCCCAGCCCCCAGGGCAGGGGCCUUUCAGCCCACCACCGGGCUCGCCCUGGCUGGGCUUCUCUCUCCAGGGGUGAAAGAUCCCCCCAACUCCCCGGCCGCAGGAGGGUUCGCUCCCCAAGACCACACAGGGCAUUCUCCCAGGCCUCCCUGCGAGGACUUCCUGGAGGCGGGUGCCGGGGGCGGAGCUGCGGGUGGCCUGGCCUUUGGUCUGGUGGCACGUUUCCAGGCAGACGAGGGGACUAGUCCUCAGUCUCCUAAUAGGGGGGCAGUUUUUUAAAAUCACAAAAUGCAUUCAGAUUCCACCGGCCCUUACGGUCACGGAUGCCCUUGGUGGAUGUGGAACUCUGCCUGGUGGGGCGGUGGAUGGGUUACCAUUUUUCUUACUGCUGGUGAUUCUGACGCUAGGUGAGGUUUGAGCCAGUUAAACUUCUAAUCACGUUUUGUUUAUAAUCAAAAUAUAUGUGGAUUUUAAACUUGCCAUUUUUUAAAGUUACCCUUGUUUUUCAAAGGUGUUUUCUAAGCAGAUCUUUAAUGGAAUAUUUAAACUAGGACUUUAAGGAAUUAAUACAGGACACGAUGGAUGGGUCUUAAAGCAGGAUCUCUCUGGCAACGCACGGCGAGCGCACCUCCGGGUGACGAACGGACCCCGAACAGAGGGUGCCGAGAGUUGCACGGGGCCGAGGGGGGGCUCCCGGGGAGCACCCGUCCAGCCGCAGAGGUGGCCAGGGGCCUGUGUGAGCCGGUAGGUCGGGGAGCCCGGGCUCCUCACACAGCGGACGCGUUUCCGAGCCCUUCGGUACCCGCCGGCUCUGCAGGAGACCGGGUUCUGGAACACCUCUGCCCCUCUCGCCCCGGGAAGAGGCUGCUGGCCGCGAUGGCGCGGAGGGCUGCUGUCCAUCCGGAACAGUCGUAGGCUGUCGGUGCUGCGGUUUUUUUUUUUAAGGCUUUCUGUGCAGACUUCAAAGCUGGUUUCUCUUUAGAGUUUGGGGGAACGUCCUCGGCCCCCUCGAGGUCAGCCUGCGGUGGCUGCCGUCUUUCCUCGUCUCUGUGUUGGGGAGGCUGCAGCGGGACGACGGGCAGGGCCGUCCCGGCGCCGAGGACCCGAGGGCAGCCCCUCACGGCCUUCUGUCGAGCGGCAGGGACCCGUGCGCUUAGGAGGUUGGCCUCACAUGAGCCCCGGAGGCCGAGGGGGCAGAGACCCUUGCUCCUGCCGGGCGGCCGGCGUCCUCUUGCUCACAAACUGUAAGAGAUGUUUUCCUUUUGUUUGUUUUUGUUCUGCCACACCCACGUCUGUGACAGCCCUCUGGGAGAAACACCGCCCAGAGAAGGGACGCGUUCCACCCGCUGUAGCCUGUGCCUCGACGCUGGCGUAACGCCUCCAGGAAGUUUUUCUUUUUUAUAUUUAAAAUGUUACUUUUCUGUAUGAUGUGCAUGCAAGUUUACCGUAACUUUUCUUAAACUUUUUAGUGCCGUUUCUAGUAUAUUCCUGUAAAUGUCAGUUACUGAAAAUGAGUCCAAUGUAAGUAGUUUUAGCUUGUUUAUUGCAGUGCUGGCCUCAACACAACAGAAUAAAAAUGGUAGAAAGUA